UUAUCACUGACGCUUGAGUGCCUGACCCGAUGAGCAGACAACCGACAUUUAAAUAUCUUCAUGUACAGUAAGUAGGCUGCAUUAGAAAAUGAAACUACUCAAUAUCGCGGUCUGCCGGCCUUUGGGCUAGUACAGGUGCAAUUCCUUCCACGUUGUGUAGGCUUAUUUUUUAAAUGUAAUAACCCAAAUUGCAUAGAUGUCCUACUAUAGACAAAUUGUCGGGGAAAUGUAAUUACACCUUCCCUUCUUAUCCCUUCUCUUUUCCACAUCUCUCUCUCACGUACACGCACAAUCGGUGGAGUUGAGUUGGCUAGGUUAACGGAGUACUAAACAUCACUUGUUGCUAGUUGAGUGUUGGCUUGUACGGGGACCUUCCACCAUCAGGAAAUGGAGGAAUGAGUGUGUAGCGAGCAACCCAGAGGGAGGGGAAACUGACAAGACGUUUACUGCAAGUCCCACACAUAACGUGAGCGAGGUCUUCCAAUUCCAGCGGCAACACUUGAAACAAAAAGAUGAGUGACGAAGAUAGACUUCAAGUUGAACUUUUUGUGAAGGCAGGCAAUGAUGGCCAGAGCAUUGGCAACUGUCCAUUCUCCCAGCGUCUCUUCAUGGUGCUGUGGCUCAAAGGAGUCACUUUCAACGUCACCACCGUGGACAUGAAGAGGAAACCAGACAUCCUUAAGGACCUGGCCCCUGGCGCUCAGCCCCCCUUCCUGCUCUACGGGACGGAGGUGAAAACCGACACCAACAAGAUAGAAGAGUUCCUGGAGGAGAACCUGUCCCCUCCAAAGUACCCACGCCUGGCUUCCAGGAACCCUGAGUCUAACACAGCCGGCCUAGACGUGUUCUCCAAGUUCUCGGCCUACAUCAAGAAUUCAAACCCCCAGCUCCAUGACAACCUAGAGAAAGGCUUGCUCAAGGCCCUGAAGAAGCUAGACGACUACCUUGGCUCCCCACUUCCUGACGAGAUUGACGAGAAUAGCGCUGAUGAUGUCACUUCCUCCUCCCGUCCCUUCCUGGAUGGGCAGGUCCUCACUCUGGCCGACUGCAACUUGCUUCCCAAGCUGAACAUUGUCAAGGUGGUGUGUCUGAAGUAUCGCACUUUCUCCAUCCCUAAGUCUCUCUCCAACCUGUGGCGAUACCUGGACGCUGCGUACGCCCGCGAGGAGUUCUCCUCUACCUGCCCCAACGACACAGAGAUACACAUCGCCUACUCAGCCGUGGCUAAAGCACUUAAGUAGGAGGACAAGGGGAUUCUAUCAGUCACACACAACAGCAAAUACACACAUAAACACUCACCUGUUCAUAUAUCCUAGACACACUCACCUAUCUACGCACACACUGUACAUGUGGCAGCAUACACACGCCCCAAUGCACUCACACAUACAGGCACUCUCUGACACACGCACACCAUUCCGACAGCCUUUCUUGAGAGCAGGAAAUCAAUAUCACUGUAAGAUCAAGUUGAAAAUGUUGCAUUGGCCACUUAAGAGUUUGUGAAACUCUCUGAGGCUUAUAGUUUAUGGUUCUCUUUUUGUCACGUGCCACGUCCACUCUUAAUGCUGUAUAUUCAGGGAUAGUUACACACAGUUAAAGUUCUAUACACAGGCAGUAGGUUACAUAUGGUAGCAUCCAAAUGAAGGUAUCCAACAGUGGUCUGUUCAGCCUCUAUGAUUAAUUCUGCACUGCAUACAUUGCCACAUUACACCCUAUUAGUUUCUAUCUCUCUGCCAAGCCAUAAAAAACUGUUCCUGUUGUGAUUACACACAGACACGCAUAUCUAGACCAGUUUGACUGCUACCCGCAGCUGAAAGAGAGAGGUUAGUUAUAGGCGUGUCGACAAUUAUACAUUAUUACAGACAUAUUAUUACACUGUUGAUAUAUUGUUCAGGGCAAACAGCCGCUAACAGGGUGGAUGACAUGGUCAGUUUGAACCAGUCAUUUUAUACAUGCUAAAUGGUCAGAAGUUAGGCUCAGGGAACGGGAAAGCAGGUCUUGGGCCAAUUGUAGUACAUUGGGGCACACUAUACAGAGGUGUUUCUCAGCACACAUUUAUCCACACAGAAAACGAUUUCGACAGACCUCGGCUUCUCCUUUCUCCGGCUUGUAGCGCCGUGAAGGGUUUAUCAAGCUUAUGUCCCCAUUGUAAGGCUCUUUUGCUAGUAAAUCAAAUCAAAUUGUAUUUGUCACAUGCGCUGAAUACAACAGGUGUAGUAGACCUUACAGUGAAAUGCUUACUUACAAGCCCAUAACCAACAAUGUCGUUUUAAGAAAAUGCCUAAAAAAAAGUAGAGAAUAAAGUAACAAAUAAUUAAAGAGCGGCAGUAAAAUAACAAUUGCGAGGCUAUAUACAGGGGGUAAUUCAAAGUGAGAGAUAUUUUUGAUACAAUAAAAAAAAACUGUUGCAGAGCAGGUGAGUUACUCCAGACGAAGUAAUAUGGCUAUUGUUGCUGCUUUAGGUGUGAACUUUAGGUUAUUGAAGAAGUACUUGACUCUGUAUGGCCUUGAGGCACCGAGGCAGUUCAGUCAUGUUUCACUCUAAUCCGAGGGGAAACUACAGGAUGUAAUCCAGGCGUGCGCACACCUCCACGCAUGACUAAACCAUAAACGUCACAUUCAGAAAAAAAUGGAGACGUUCAUUGCAUAGAUAACUGAAAUCUCCCGAGGGGAGAAUGCUACGGGAUUGUGCAUUUGUACUCUUUGAUAUGGUUAAUGACAAUGGAAGACUCAAUUCAACUUGAAAAAAGAAAAGAGUUUGAACCUUUAGUGAGCCAAACGAAGGGUUUUACUUCAGGUCUAUUGAGCUGGGUGUUGUUCAGGUUGUUUAAAUCGACAACACCUUUGAACCUACUACCGUCCUGUGCUUUGUGGUGCACACUUUGAAGUCUUCCGUUUUACAGUGACUUGAAAUUCAGUCCCCUGGGAAAGAACUGGAAAUAUUUGUUUGGGUUCUAUACAAUCCAUGUCAGCGUAUCAAGCUCAGCGUGAUUGAAAUUUAAAGGCAAUGUUCCCGCUUUAAAGGAGAUUGUAUACUGUUGCAUAUGUCGCUCAAUUGGAAAUGAGCUUUCUAUAGUGCAAUCUUCAGCGGUACAGAUUGAAUAGAGCCCUCAGACUGACUGAUAGAUGGUGCAGUCUCAUGGAUACUGACUUAAGUGGAUCAGCUUAAAACAGCCUUGUUUUAAGCUGAUCCAAUUUGAGUGUACAAAACCUUUGUGUACAAAACAUUAGGAAGACAUGCUCUUUCCAUGACAUAGACUGACCAGGUGAAUCCAGGUGAAAGCUACGAUCUCGUAUUGAUGUCACAUGUUAAAUCCACUUCAGUCAGUGUAGACAAAGGGGAGGAGACAGGUUAAAGAAGGAUUGGAGACAAUUGAGACAUGAAGGGCGGUUACAAGCACAAAAUAAUAUGAUUAUUGUGGAUAGUCAGGUUAAUAUAAUAGUUUGUUUAAAACGUUUACAUACCUUGCAAGAAUAACAAUUUCCUUAAUGAUCCUGUUUACAUGGACACAUCUGAAAUCAGGCUACCUGAUGGGACUUUUGAUAAAUGCAGAAAAUAGCCAAUCAAAAUAAACGUUCUACCACAGUGACUGUGUUAUUUUUGAGAAGACUAUUGGAUUCUGAGUUCGGACAUAUAACGUUUGUAUGUGAAGACUAUUUAUAAGAUGCAUACUUUCAGUUUAUUCAAACUCACUUCACUUGCGUAUAAGAUGGAGGGUUGCACUACCAGUGUUACAGCUUUGGCACAUGCUGGCACAUGCUUAGACCAAAUACACCGCUAAUAAUUUGAAAGAUUGCUCAGAAAACCAGUUGUUUUAAUCGGCGUAUGCUUACUUUGAUUUUGACCUUACCAGAGUAAGGUGGUUACAUGAAUGAAUGGGCAAGACAAAAGAUGUAAGUGCCUUUGAACGGGUAUGGUAGUAGGUGCCUGGUGGACCGGUUUGAGUGUGUCAAGGUAAGUUCCCCGCCCACUUAGCCUACUAGCUUCCCGCCUACUCAGCCUACUAGCUCCCCGCCCAGUCAGCCUACUAGCUCCCCGCCCACUCAGCCUACUAGCUCCCUUCUCACUCAGCCUACUAGCUCCCCACCCACUCAGUCUACUAGCUCCCCGCCCACUCAGUCUACUAGCUCCCCGCCCACUCAGCCUACUAGCUCCCCGCCCACUCAGCCUACUAGCGCUCAGCCCACUCUGUCUACUAGAUCCCCGCCCACUCAGUCUACUAGCUCCCCGCCCACUCAGCCUACUAGCUUCCCGCCCACUCAGUCUACUAGCUCCCCGCCCACUCAGCCUACUAGCUUCCCGCCCACUCAGCCUACUAGCUUCCCGCCCACUCAGUCUACUAGCUCCCCGCCCACUCAGCCUACUAGCUCCCCGCCCACUCAGCCUACUAGCUCCCCGCCCACUCAGUCUACUAGCUCCCCGCCCACUCAGCCUACUAGCUCCCCACCCACUCAGCCUACUAGCUCCCCGCCCACUCAGCCUACUAGCUUCCCGCCCACUCAGCCUACUAGCUUCCCGCCCACUCAGCCUACUAGCUCCCCGCCCACUCAGCCUACUAGCUCCCCUCCCACUCAGUCUACUGGCUACUAGCUCCCCACCCACUCAGUCUACUGGCUACUAGCUCCCCGCCCACUCAGCCUACUAGCUCCCCGCCCACUCAGCCUACUCGCUCCCCGCCCACUCAGCCUACUCGCUCCCAGCCCACUCAGCCUACUCGCUCUCAGCCUACUAGCUCCCCGCCCACUCAGCCUACUAACUCCCCGCCCACUCAGUCUACUAGCUCCCCGCCCACUCAGCCUACUAGCUCCCCGCCCACUCAGCCUACUAGCUCCCCGCCCACUCAGCCUACUAGCUCUGUCUACUAGCUCCCCGCCCAGUCAGCCUACUAGCUCCCUGCCCACUCAGUGUAUCUUUUCAGACUUACUGGUAGUUUGACAUGAGCGAAAAGUCAUUUUUGUCUGAUUUUGAGCAUUUUUAUCUGGGGAAAAUAUUUUGGGUGAUGUUUUAGUCAUUCAAAAAGCUUAUUUUACAUGGGAAUCAGAAUGACUGCUCAGACUUUUAAACCAUAGUUUCUUUGGAAUUUACGGUAUCAUUUACUGUUUACGCAUACAAUCACCUAGAGUGCAUUGCCAUUUGCAGCAAUUUACUGUAAAUAACUGUACUUUACAGUUAGCUUUAUUGUAUAAUACUGUCAAAACAACAAUCAAGUUUUACAGUGUACUUUAUUGAGGGAAAAUGUACAGUUACUAUGACUGAGAUAUGUGGUUGUCCCACCUAGCUAUCUUAUUAAGAUGAAUGCACUAACUGUAAGUCGCUCUGGCGUCUGCUAAAUGACAACAACAAAAAUGUUUCAAUACAUGUAAGAACUGUAACGCUGCUGGGUUUUUCAUGCUCACCACUUUUCCGUGUGUAUCAAGAAUGGUCCACCAUCCAAAGGACAACCAGCCAUCUUGAAACAAUUGUGGGAAGCAUUGGAGUCAACAUGGGCCAGCAUCCCUGUGGAAUGCUUUCGACACCUUGUAGAGUCCAUGCCCCUACAAAUUGAGGCUGUUCUGAGGGCAAAAGGGGGUGCAACUCAAUAUUAAGGUAUUCCUAAUGUUUUGUACAUUCAGUGUAUUUUGUAUGUCUUCCAGGGUAAGGUUUUGUAAGACUGUAUCACCUAAGUGCCAUUCACGUUAUUGAAUAGUACAACCAUGAGGAUGUCAUUUGCAACAUAUUUAGCAUCGGAGGUGGCGUUAUGUCAGCUAUUUUAUACAGUCGUUUCCUCAACAUGUGGGAUGACCCACUAGGCACAUUUGGGUCAUAUUUGGUUAAGUCAAUGAUCAAUUCGAUUUCAACCUUUAUUUACGCACUCAAAAAGAAGUUUGUUGAAUUCCCAAUGUGUUAUCACUAUGCUUUCAACCAUCUAAAAGCACAACCUGUCAGGUUUUGGCCAGGACUAUUCAGGUUUUGGUCACUAGAUGUCCCCAUUGCACCUUUUGUUUUUUCCCUUCUAGUUAUUGUUUUCACCUGUGUCUCAUUUCCUUGUAGGUAUUUAAACCAUUAGUGUCCCUCAGUUCUUUGCUCUGUGUUUGUAUGUUAGCACCCAGCCAUGCUGUGAACAUAUAUUUCUCUUGUUGGAUUUUCCAGAGGUUCUCUGGUUUUGUUCUUGUUUAUUUUUGAUUAGUCUUCUGAGGUUUGUUUUUUCCCUGCUGUUCUUACCACUUUGUGGAUUUUCUUUGUAUUUUGGAGGAUAUCCAUUUUUUCUCUUGGCUUUUCUUUUGACGUUGUGGAUUUAUAUUUUUGCCUGAAGAUCUUUUACCUUGA